CGAUGUGGGAGUCAGAGGGCGAUUGCCAUGCCGGUGAGCGCGAGCGCGGGCUCGUCCCUGUCGGCGGCGGCGGCUCCUCGGGCCGGUACGAGGCAGCGCUCAAGAACGACGGCUUUGUUCGAAGAGACCAGUCCUGGUAUGUAAACAGCGAUAUUCCCAGCGAUUUGCUUGUCAAAGUUGGAGAUGUUAGCUUCCACCUUCACAAGUACCCGAUGAUCUCCCGGAGCGGGCGGAUGAGCCGCGUGAUCUACGAGACGGCGGCGGCGGCCCCGGACUCGGGCGCGGCGGCGGCGGUGGUGGUGGAGCUGGACGACGUCCCGGGCGGCGCGGACUCGUUCGAGCUGGCGGCGCGGUUCUGCUACGGCAUGGCGGUGGACCUGACGGCGGGCAACAUCUCGGGGCUGCGCUGCGCCGCCGAGUACCUGGAGAUGACGGAGGAGCUGGAGGAAGGCAACCUCAUCUUCAAGACGGAGGCGUUCCUCAGCUACGUGGUGCUGUCGUCGUGGCGGGACUCCAUCGUGGUGCUCAAGACCUGCGAGGGCCUCUCGCCCUGGGCCGAGAACCUGCAGAUCGUGCGCCGCUGCAGCGAGUCCAUCGCCUGGAAGGCCUGCGCCAACCCGCGGGGCGUGCGCUGGGCCUACACCGGCGGCGGUGGGGGGAGGCCGAUGCCGACCACCAGGGCAGGCGCCGGCGGCGGCACGGCGAGCCCCCGGUGGAACCUCGGCGGCGGCGGCGGGGACUCCAAGGAGUCGAGCCCGAGCCGGCAGGCCGUGCCGCCGCCGGACUGGUGGUUCGAGGACGUGUCCAUGCUCCGGAUCGACCACUUCGUGCGCGUCGUCACCGCCAUCAAGGUCAAAGGCAUGCGGUUCGAUCUCAUCGGCGCGUCCAUCACCCACUACGCAUCCAAAUGGCUCCCGGGUCUCACCAAGGACGGCCCGCACGGCGGCGCGCUGGAGGAGCCCUGGGCUCAGGCCCAGGCGUCCCCCGGCGGCGGGCUCCACAUGAUCAUCGCCAGCGGCGGCGGCGGCGGCGGCGGCAAGGACGACAUCGCCGGGAGCACGCCGGCGCGGGAGCAGCGCAUGGUGGUGGAGAGCCUGAUCAGCAUCAUCCCGCUGCAGCGCGACAGCGUCUCGUGCGGCUUCCUCCUCCGCCUGCUCCGCCUGGCCGUCAUGCUGAAGGCCGCCCCGGCGCUGGUGACGGAGCUGGAGAAGCGCGUGGGCAUGCAGCUCGAGCAGGCGGUGCUGGCCGACCUGCUCAUCCCCUCCUACGGCCGCGCCGACACCGCCUACGACGUGGACCUCGUGCAGCGCCUCGUCGAGCACUUCCUGGUGCAGGAGCAGACGGAGCUGCUGGCGUCGUCCAGCCCCGGCCGCGUGGAGCAGCCGCCGCUGCCCGAGUACUACGGCGCUAGGACGGCGGGCGCCGCGGCAGCGUCGGCGUCGGCGGGGCUGAACGCCAAGGCGCGCGUCGCCCGGCUGCUCGACAGCUACCUCUCCGAGGUGUCCCGCGACCGCAACCUGUCCCUGACGAAGUUCCAGGUGCUGGCCGAGUCGCUCCCGGAGUCGGCGCGCACCUGCGACGACGGUCUCUACCGAGCCGUCGACUCGUACCUCAAGGCGCACCCGACGCUGACGGAGCACGAGCGGAAGCGUCUGUGCCGGGUGAUGGACUGCCAGAAGCUGUCGCUGGACGCGUGCAUGCACGCGGCGCAGAACGAGCGGCUGCCGCUGCGGGUGGUGGUCCAGGUGCUCUUCUCGGAGCAGGUGAAGAUCAGCAACGCGCUGGCCAGCGGCUCGUCCUCCAACGCCGCCGCCGCCGCGCUGCUGGCCAACAAGGCGGCGGACGGCGUGGCGCCGCCGACGCGACGGCAGCUGCUGGACGGCACGCCGCAGUCGUUCCAGGAAGGGUGGGCGGCGGCGAAGAAGGACAUCAACACGCUGAAGCUGGAGCUGGAGAGCAUGAAGGCCAAGUACCUGGAGCUGCAGCACGAGAUGGACGCGCUCCAGAAGCUGGUGGAGCGCGGCGCGCCGUCGCCCCUGGCGGCGGGGCUCAAGGCAACCGGCGGAGGCGUUGGUAGCAAGAAUCACAGCCAGGGGCCCUCGGCGUGGAGCAGCGGGUGGAAGAAGCUGGGCAGGCUGGCCAAGAUGACCGGCGGCGACGCGGCGGGGCAUGACGGGCACGUGCCGGGAGCGCCCGGAGAGGCGCCGAGGAAGCCGCGGAGGUGGAGAAACUCCAUCUCGUGAGCAGCUGCAGAGCAGAGUAGAGACGACGGAGCCCCGGUGGCGGUGGAAUCAGCUUGUUUCGUAGCGAGCAGAGUAGGCGGCCUAGUAACUUGUGUAACACCCAUUUUCAUGCAUGCAGUUCCGAGAUUGAAAAACAAAGCAGAGUGGCCGAGACCGAGAUUGCGCGCGUGCAGGCUGCAGACUGUCCUAGGAGAAGAAGAUCGUCUCGUCUAUUUCCAGUUCCAGUGUGCUGCAUUUGCCGUGUUGUCAUCUGUUUUGUUUAUGAACAGAAUUAACAGGGUUGAGAUGCGAUCGAACCA